AUGCCAGGGAUAGCGUUCAAGGGGAAAGACAUGGUUAAGGCAAUACAGUUUUUAGAAAUAGUCGUUCCUUGCCACUGUACGACCUGA